UCUGAAAGUUCGAAGUAACAUUAUCUAUAUUAAACUGAAGAAAGAUUUAGAUAAUGAAAAACAGUUUAGCCAACAUGGGGGAGGAAACAUGCAGACAUGUUGUUUUAUGGAUAGCGGCUAGUAUUGUAGGGGCGUAUAGUUGUACACUUCCUACACAAUGGGAUGGAGAGUGGCAUGAUAGCAGCGAGACAACAAAGGACAUCACAUUCACUCUCUCUGACAACUACGUGGAGGGAUGGAGUCACCAAAUAUAUUCCACCGCUGUGACGUCAUGGACGUGUAUAGCAGAUGAUUCCUCUAGCAAUCUACUGCUAUUUAAGUCAAAUCAAACAGUUGACGUCUUUGGUGCACUUCAUAACGUAUACCGUUGCAUGAAAUGGGAAAAGUUGACAGAUUACUCAUAUACGUAUUCAAUCUAUGCAAAUAUAGAAGAUAAUGCAGGAAGCAAACGUGUGCUACUUCUACCAACUACAGACACAGUCAACAUCAUUAAUGGAUGUGAUCCCUCUCUAGGAUUACCUUCAGCGAUAGAAACUGUUGUUCUGAUCAAGAAAGGUUACAUUCAGAAUGCUACACAGAAUUGUCCGACGCCUUUAUUGGGGAGGUUUAACUAUACCUUCAAUGACAGCUCUACAAUAUACUGUGAUGGUAAUAGUGUCUGGGAUGUUUGUUCAGAUCAAACUCAGAUGGUGGUCAACUACACUCUAUGCUCAACGACGCAGUUCUAUUCAACCAGUGGUGUUGCAUACUGUGCAUACUCCGCCUCAGUAGGAAGCAAUUAUUACGUCACAGUUGUUAACACAGAUACCACAGUGGACUUUACUUCCACCUUCCGAUUUACCUGCUACGCCGUGACGACUUCCGGUGAUAAGGUGUACGCUAGUGACAACAAGGGGGCCUGUGGACAAAAUCAGACACCACAAGACAAAAUGAGCACAGGGGCCGGAACACUAACUUUUACUUCUUAUGGUAAAGCUUGCCCCUUUAUAAGCGGUUCCUCGGCCUCGGAGAGCUCCAGUAAUUUAGGCCUUAUUGCUGGUAUCGUGGCGGCGGUCCUCGUGAUUGCAGUAGCAGUUGUAGUUGGAAUUGUGUUGCAUAAAAAAUGCACAGCAAGGAAGGGUAAAACCAAGGGACCAUCGAGAUGAAGACAAAAUUCAACGUCCAGAUCAUGCCUGACUCCAAAGGAUACUACUACCAUAGAGAUUGACAAGAGAAAUCAUACACACUUCCCUAUAAACCGAAAAAAUUACCAGUCUUUAAGGGAUCCGUCCAUCAUUAUGUAAAAAUGAUAUCGAUAUGCAGAUUGUCGAUAAAUGAAAACUAUCCCUUUGAUCUUAACAGUUUUUGUAAAAUAGUUGAAUCUUUAAUUUUAUAUUUUAAAACUUGACUUAUCAAUUCAUCCAGAUAUGUGUUUUACAGAGAUUUGAAAUUUUAUUUUUAGUUUACAUAUACCAUAUACUUAUUAUUCAUAUGGAAUAAGAUUUAUAAUAACGUCCCUUUCUGCAAAGAACAUACUAUGAUAAUUUAAAACCUUUUGUAGAUUUGUUUUGAUAUUGUUUUAUGUGUGUAUGGAAAUCAAAUAUAUAUUUUUGCGGAUUGUAGGUUGAAUAUAUAUGAAAAAUGAUCGAUACUGUAUGUAUUUUGUUAAUGAAAGUAUAGUUAAUAAUGGAGAUAAAUGAUCCCUUUACAUGCCGAAUUUCUCCAAACGUGGGGUGUGCACAAGCUGGGCAACUCAUGAUGAAAUCCAACAACUGACUCUCGAACACAGCAAACGUCUUUUCUCGAUCAUUUCUUUAAAAAAGAUUGAAACCAUACAUUAUGAGUUUAAAAACAAUUUCGGGUAAUAUGUGUAUUCAAGUUGAUUGACAGCUUAGCAAUAUGCUUCAUCUAAAUCAUCAUGGUAUUUUUUCUUCAUUAAAUAUAUUAUUCCAAGUUAUUUUAUGAUAGAACUUAAAUAUUAUUUACCUAAAAUCACUCUCCACUGUGUCGUCUGAUCAAAAAGACAGAAAGGACUCGUGUACUGUUUCCUCAUCUUCAUCAUGAGACUCAUGGACACUUUUUGUCUCUAUUGAUGUACAUGAAAUAUCCUCAGUUGCACACAAAUCUGGUUUAGCUCUUAGACGUUUUAGUGGUGGUGCUGGAAUUAAACUUCAACUUGUCACAAUCUCUUUUAAUAGUUCUCACUUUGUUUUCAGUCUAAACACCUGUUAAAAUGAAAUAUAGAAUUAUGUUUCAAUAUGAAAGGUGAAGAUAACGAACAGUGAUCAA